AUGAGUUCUGCCGAUACUAUCAAUGCGAGUUCAACUGAGUCUGUCAAAGAACCUGUCCUGGGGUCUUGCUUGGAAACAAAACAGGAGGAUACUGAAAUAAAAGCUCAAGUUGAUGCCAUGUGGGAACAAAUGAAUAAGGGAGUAUCUAAUAAGAUUCUCAACAGAUUUACAAGCAAGCCUAAUUCUGCUCCCAAAAAAACUGCAAAAAAAACUUCUUCUAACUGGAUGUCUUAUUUGGGGUUGGCACCAGCAAAGGCAACUGAAUCUCUCGGACAAGGUGCUUCAAAGAAUGAACAUGGCAUGACGCAAAGCGGCACCAGUGAAGAAGCCAAGAAGAUUGCUGCUGCUGCUCUUGCAGCAGUGAAAGAUGAUGUUGCCAUGGCUGCCUCAAGCAGGGGAAAACUUGUGAUUACUGAGGUUCGGGAUUUUGCUGGUCAAGAAAUUGAAGUUAAAAAGCUUGUUGAUUCUGACUCAAAGGAGGCAAUGGAAAGAUCCAAAGCUCCUCCACCUUCUGCAGUGGAUGUUGUCCUUGAACAAAUUAAGAAGAAACAGAAGCUCAGUGUACUUGAUAAGACCAAAAAGGACUGGGGAGAAUUUAAAGAAGAAAAUAAGGGCCUGGAUGUAGAGCUUGAUGCUUAUAAGAAAAGUUCUAACCAGUAUUUGGACAAGGUUUCUUUCUUACAACGAACUGAUUAUCGUGAGUUUGAGCGAGAGAGAGAUGCACGACUGGCUUUGCAAGCCAGGAAGCGACCAGAUAAUAUGCAAGAGGAUGCAUACGAAUGA